AUGACACAUUUUGAGCCAAGUGAAGCAACAGGAAGCACCAACAAGAGCUUCCCAGUGGGAUUUGUACUUCUUGGCUACUCUGAAUUUCCCCAGCUAGAAAUGGUUCUCUUCUGGAUAGUGAUCUUCUUAUACACCAUGAUCAUUCUCUCCAAUGUGACUAUUAUCUUGCUCUCAUACAUGAACCCUCAACUCUACACCCCCAUGUACUUCUUUCUUAGCAAUCUUUCUUUCUUGGAUCUCUGUUUCACCACGACUGUUGUGCCCCAAAUGUUGUUCAACUUGCGGGGGCCAGAUAAGAGCAUCACCUACCCAGGAUGCAUCAUUCAGCUGGGCAUGGUGCUCUGUGUUGGUGCCACACAAAGUGUCAUGCUGGUGGUGAUGGCUUUUGACCGCUAUGUUGCUAUCUGCCAGCCCUUGCGCUACACUAUCAUCAUGCAUCCUCAGUUCUGUUGGAAACUGGUGCUUACGUCUUGGCUGUCUGGACUGAUCGAAUCUGUUACUCAAACACCUAUCACAUUCCAGCUGCCGUUUUGUGCCCACCACUGUCUGGAUGACUUUCUCUGUCAGGUUCCUUCUCUCGUAAGACUAACUUGUGGAGACACUUCCACUACUGAGUGGCAGAUGACAAUCUCUGCUGUUUUCUUUACCAUCUUGCCAAUGGGGUUGAUCCUGACUUCUUAUGGUUACAUAGCUCAAACUUUGGGUAAAAUCCAAUCUGAGGAGGGAAGGCAGAAAGCCAUUGCUACCUGCUCCUCCCACCUCACUGUGGUCUUCAUGUUUUAUGGGACAGUGGCCAUGGUUUACACAGACCCUAAGAACCAGUUUGCUUCAAAACAUGGCAAGUUUGUCGGUUUCUUCUUCACUGUGAUCACACCAUUGCUGAACCCUCUCAUCUAUACCCUGAGGAACAAAGAAGUGAAGAGUGUCUUGCAAAGACAGCUAAGGAAGGGCAUCAGCAUAAGAAAAAAAAAAAAGAAACUGAUCUUUUGA